ACUUAACCCUUUGUCUGCCGGAGUUCUGCUAUCCUUGCUGUCUGCCAGCUCUGUGUUGCGGACUUAGCCGUUUGGGAGGGAUGAAAUCUCUAAUCCUGGGACCAUGUUUUGAAAACAGUCAGAACACUGAUUGCACAGGUGUGUGCAGGCCUAACCAGGGAUUCUCAACUAGACAGGUUGAGGGGCUCCAGAGGGUUGAUGUAUUGCAGAGGAAACUGACUUUUCGGUUUCCUCAUUUUUCAUUAAGUCCGUUUUUGGGAUCUGGAGCCUGGAGAUUUCAAAGAGAUCUGGGAGGGAUGAAAUCUCCAAUCCUGGGACCAGGUUUUGGGAAUGGCCAGGACACU